AAGGUAGUGUUACACCUCGAUGAUCAUCAGUCUGGGUCUUCUUUAUAACAAAACAACAAACAUGUCUCUUAAGUUCGUGCUCGUGUUGUGUGUUGUGACGAUGCCAGUGGCGCGCCCCCAAAAUCACCCCAGCGAGUACUAUGGCUCCCCAGUUUCCAACACUCCUGCUCAGUACAACUUCAACUGGCAAGUAAAAGAUGACCCCUCCGGCAAUGACUUCGGUCACGAAGAGUCCCGUGACGGCGGCAACACCCAGGGCUCCUACUACGUGCUGCUUCCCGACGGUCGCCUGCAAAGUGUCACCUACACUGUCAACGGCGACUCCGGCUACGUGGCCGAGGUGACCUACGAGGGUGAGGCCCAGUACCCUACAUACCAGCCUUCCUACACCCCAACUCCUGGCUACGCCUAAAGCUUGAAGUGAUAAUAUUUAUGUAAUAUACCGGAUAAUAAACUAAAAUAUGUAAAUAAAAAUUUUGCAUUGAAA